AUGAGCAGCACGCUAAAGAGACCCGGGGAUGAUGAUGCCUCAUCUGAGGAAACGAACAACUAUGAAAAGAAAAUGAAAGUUCAGUCGAUAGAUCGGACGGUUGGGAGUGAGCCAGUGUCCACCAUGGAGAUCAUCCCUUCGGAUUCCUUCCGAAAAUUCAAGGAACAAGGGUUUAAGGCAAAGGAUGAAGAUUUGCACGGGACUCAGAUGGAAUCAGCGUUUGAGAGGGAGUUGUCCCUUUUGGAACACGAGGCUGCAGAAUCGCAGGAACAAAAUACUCAUUACGGUAGGAAGCAACUGCCAGCUGAUUUCAACCCAGAUACUCACGAUAUUUCGUUCCAACAGAUUGAUGCUGAACAGACUACAAUAUCUGGGCUGAGGGAUGAGAACACCUCCGGUGUAGUAAGAUUUUUUGGUGUCACGUCCGAGGGUCACUCCGUACUCUGUAACGUUACAGGGUUUAAACACUACUUGUACGUUCCGGCCCCGAACGACACUGAUUCUAAGGAUCCGAACAAAUUAAAAGAGUUUGUCAACUACCUAAACGAAACUUUUGACAAUUCCGUCGAUUCUAUAGAGAUAACACUUAAACAGUCCAUCUGGGGUUACUCCGGUGACGCCAAGAUACCCUUUUGGAAAGUGUAUGUGACACACCCGGCUGUACUAAACAAAAUUAGAGCAGCUUUUGAAAGGGGACACUUAUCCUUCAAUUCGUGGUUUUCAAAUGGAACAACCACAUAUGACAAUAUUGCAUACCCAUUGAGAGUUAUGGUCGACUGUAGCAUUGUCGGUAUGUCCUGGAUCACACUACCGAAAACCAAGUACAAACUUAUCCCUGAGAAUCAAAAGGUUUCUACAGCUCAAUUAGAAGUUACAAUCAACCACCACGAUUUAAUAUCCCACCCUGCAGAGGGGAAAUGGUCGCACACUGCUCCGUUAAGAAUCCUAUCGUUCGAUAUCGAAUGUGCCGGUAGAGUCGGCAUUUUCCCAGAACCAGAAGAGGAUCCUGUUAUCCAGAUAGCUAAUGUUGUUAGCGAGGCAGGUGCAAAGAAACCCUUUAUUAGAAAUGUCUUCACCGUCCACAGUUGUGCACCCAUCACAGGUUCUCAGAUAUUUGCUCACGAUACAGAACAACAGAUGCUGUCACACUGGAGAGACUUCAUAGUAGAGGUUGAUCCAGACGUGAUCAUCGGAUACAACACAACAAAUUUCGAUAUACCUUACUUGAUUAACCGAGCCAGAGCACUAAAAGUGGCAAACUUCCCUUAUUUCGGGAGAUUAUCGAAUGUCAAACAAGAGAUCAAGGACUCGGUGUUCUCCUCGAAGGCUUAUGGUACAAGAUCAUCCAAGAAUGUCAAUAUCGAUGGACGGUUACAACUGGAUUUGCUGCAGUUUGUCCAGCGUGAAUACAAAUUAAGAUCGUACACUUUAAACGCAGUUUCAGCUCAUUUUUUAGGCGAACAAAAGGAGGAUGUGCAUCACAGCAUCAUUACAGAUUUGUUCAAGGGAGAUAGCGAGACGAGAAGAAGACUGGCCGUAUACUGUCUGAAGGACGCAUACUUGCCUCUGCGAUUGCUGGAAAAGUUAAUGGCCCUGGUUAAUUACACAGAAAUGGCCCGUGUCACAGGUGUACCGUUUUCGUAUCUACUGUCCAGAGGUCAGCAGAUCAAAGUUGUUUCACAAUUGUUCAGGAAGUGUUUAGAGAUUGAUACCGUUAUUCCGAAUAUGCAGUCGCAAGCCUCCGACGAGCAAUAUGAAGGUGCAACAGUCAUUGAACCGAUCAGAGGCUAUUACGAUGUCCCCAUUGCCACACUUGAUUUCAACUCUCUGUACCCGAGUAUCAUGAUGGCACAUAAUUUGUGUUACACAACGUUGUGUAACAAAGCAACGGUGGAAAGAAUGAAUUUAAAAAAGGACGAAGACUAUAUCAUUACGCCGAAUGGGGAUUAUUUUGUAACUGACAAGUUGCGCCGUGGUAUUCUGCCCAUCAUUCUGGAUGAACUAAUCUCUGCAAGAUCUAGGGCAAAGAAGGAUCUGCGGGAUGAGAAGGAUUCAUUCAAGAGAGACGUUCUUAAUGGUAGACAACUCGCCCUUAAGAUCUCCGCCAAUUCCGUCUAUGGUUUUACCGGUGCCACCGUAGGUAAGCUGCCUUGUUUGGCAAUAUCAUCAUCAGUCACCUCUUUCGGUCGUGAUAUGAUUAUGACUACCAAAAAUGCCGUCCAAAAGAAAUAUUCGAUAGAAAACGGCUAUAAACACGAUGCGGUUGUUGUAUACGGUGAUACCGAUUCGGUGAUGGUGAAGUUUGGCUCGAACGACUUAAAGGAAGUGAUGGAUUUGGGCACAGAAGCUGCUGCUUACGUAUCGACUUUGUUCAAGCACCCCAUAAAUUUAGAAUUUGAGAAGGCCUACUUUCCAUAUCUUCUUAUCAACAAGAAAAGAUAUGCAGGCCUGUUUUGGACAAACCCGGACCAUUAUGACAAACUGGAUCAAAAGGGUCUUGCCUCUGUUCGUCGUGAUUCAUGUUCCCUUGUUUCGAUCGUUAUGAAUAAAGUAUUGAAGAAGAUUUUGAUCGAAAGAAACGUUCCUGGCGCCCUCGAUUUUGUCAAACAAACAAUUAACGAUAUCUUACAAAACAGAGUUGAUAUCUCCAAAUUAAUCAUAUCGAAGACAUUGGCCCCCAAUUAUACGAAUCCACAACCCCAUGCUGUUCUCUCAGACAGAAUGAAGAAAAGAGAUGGUAUGGGCCCUAAUGUCGGAGAUCGUGUAGAUUACGUUAUCACUGGCGGUAAUGAUAAGCUCUACAAUAGGGCAGAAGAUCCCUUGUACGUUUUGGAACACAAUUUGCAAGUUGAUUCGAAGUACUAUUUGACCAACCAGUUACAGAAUCCUAUUAUUAGUAUCGUUGCCCCCAUCAUUGGAGAAAAGGAAGCGAAUAAUAUGUUCAUUGUAAAAUCGAUUAAAAUUAAUUCUGGUCUGACAAAGGGUGGUUUGCUGGGGUUUGUGAAGAAGGUUGCCGUAUGUAAGGGCUGCAAAAGCCCAUUGAAAAAGGGCGAAACCACGCUGUGUUCCAAUUGUUCUUCAAGGUCCGGUGAGUUAUACUUGAAGGCUUUAUAUGAUGUGCGUGAUCUAGAGGAGAAAUUUUCUCGAUUGUGGACAGAAUGUCAACGUUGUGCCGGGAAUUUGCAUACUGAGGUGUUGUGCUCUAACAAGAAUUGUGAUAUAUUUUACAUGCGUGUCAAAGUAAAAAAAGAGUUACAAGAGAAGGUUCAACAACUAAGUAAAUGGUAA